AUGGCGUCCCUCAAUGAGAUCCCCGCUGAGCUGGUCCGCCAUGUCUUCCUCUACGUCUCUCCCGAAGACAACCUCCGCGCCAUCCAGACGCUGUCUCGCCGCCUGCACAAGCUCGCCGACGAUACUCUGCUCUGGCGUCACUACUGCCGCAUCUCAUACAAGUACUGGGCCCCGGAGCACGACCUCGCGAGGAAGCUAGCUUCGCCAGCCUCAUACGUCGACUGGAAGAGGCUGUGGCUUCGCCGCCGGCAUGACAAUGACCAGGUCGCCCAUCUCCUGGACCAGAUACUGUCCACCAAGGUGGGCCGGCUGUGGAAGUUUGGUCAGAUUUGCCGACUCGGGUACGACGCCAAGGACUAUCUGCUCGACCAGUGCCAUGCGGGCGACGAUGUCGAGGACGUCUUGGCCAGAAGGUACUACGCCAAAACUGCACUUGGAAGCAUCCAUAGGAGCCUCGCCGUCAAGGAAUGGAGCAAGUACCAGUCUGGUACGCCCACUGUCCGCGGCCUCGACCGCGGCCUCGGUGCCUUUGAUAUGUUUGUCCUUCACGACCAGGAAGGAGACAUGGAUGAUAUCCAAGGUCUGCUCGACGGCUAUGCAGCCCAAUUCCGCAGUGAGCACCCGGCCCUGGGCGAGAUGAGCAUCCGCGACAAGGCCCUCGCUCUCCUGCGCUGGGUGCGCUCCAACAACCUCGUGGGCAUGGACAUGCCCGAGGAUAACUACCGCAACCUGAGGAACUGCCUCAUUGGCCAGGCGCUGACCGACGAGACACACCAGUCGCUGCCCAUCAUCUCCAGCGCCAUCUACGUCUGCAUCGCACAGCGCCUGGAUAUCAGCGCCGCAUGCUGCGCCAUCCCGAGCCACGUGCACGCAAUCGUCUUCGCGCCCCGGGGCGCCACCCUCGACGGCAGGCCCGUGCCGCCGGGCGGCGGCGGCGGCGACGACGACGACGACAAGCUGCACCGCAUGUUCCUCGACCCCUACGAGUCCAGCGAGGAGGUCACCGUCGAGGAGCUCGAGGCGAAGCUGGUCGAGCUCAGCUGGGACGCCGAGGACAGCGCCGACGUCUUCCUGCGGCCCACGCCGUCGAGCGCCAUCAUCCAGCGCACCGCGCAGAACAUCAAGGCCAGCUGGACCGUGGCGCGCGAGCUGCCGUCCGCGCACCCGGCCGCCGCGGGGCUCAGGCGCCUGCGCGCCGGCGACCCGGACCAGAACCUCGACGCCAUGCUCUACGCCUCGAUGUGGGCCCCCGUCUUCACGACGCCCACGGCCAGCGAGCACUGGGCCGCCACGCUGACGCCCCUGCUCCGCCACUUCGCCGCGCUCUUCAGCGAGGACGCCUGGCUCGUCGAGGAGCACCUGCUGCCGCUCUACGACGCCUACAUCGCCGCCCGGCGCGAGGCCGGGGAGGGCGAGGGCGGUAUGCUCGGCCCCGGCAGCCGCCGCCUCGGCUGGGAGAACGCCAGCGCCACGCUCGGCAUGGUGCGCAACCUCGACGCCCGCCAGCCCCAGGUCAGCCGCCGCUACACCCAGGACAUCAUCGACUCGGUCAAGUACCGCAUCGGCCAGGUCUUCCGCCACCGCCGCUACGGCUACGUCGGCAUCAUCAACGGCUGGGCGCCCAACGACGCCGACGGCCUGCCCACGCCGCACAGCGUCAACACCGAGGACGUACUCGAGACGGGCCCUCCUCCGGCCGCGGCAUCGGCCUCGGAUGCCGCCGCCGCUUCUGCUCCUGCUUCCGGGUCGGCGACGCCCACGCCGAGGUACAGGAAGCAGACUUUUUAUACGUGCCUACGCUCCGCAGAGGACCGUCAUGUGGUGGCCCAGGAUAACGUCGAGAUCAUCACUGACGAGGACGAGAUCCCGCCGGAGCUGUUUAACGUCGCGGGCAAGUUCUUCAAGAGGUUUGACAGGGAGACGUGCACGUUUGUCUCCAACAUCAAGGAGUUUUACCCUGAUGAUUGA